AUGGAAAACACCAACGAAGCAGACUUUGAUCAAGUACCACAGACAUCUCCUGUUCACAAGCCUGCCUUUGAUUAUGACUUUGACAUAGCCAUGGCUCUUCAGUCUCCUCUCAGUGCGCCGUUAUACAGUCCUAAUAAUUCACCGUUUGGUCCUUUCGAUAAACUAGAGGAUACAAUCCCUACAUAUUCAUUCGCAGACUUUGGUGUACCUGUACCGACUACAACAUUACAACAAGAACUUGAAAAAAAGAUGGAAAAGCCAGUUACACCUAAGAAGAAUUUAAUGAAAAAGAAAAUUCAAUUUGUGUAUCGUCCAUUUGUUUCUCUAGAGGCAUCAGAACUUACUGUACAUCAGUUAAGAUCAUUAUUAUCAAAACCUCCAAGAAAAGCAAACCAAUCAAAAGCAGCCUCCUACUCGUGUAUUUAA